GUCUAGUAUGACCUGGUUAGCCAGACAACGGCUGGACUCUGCCUGAGGACGUAGACUUCUAACUGUUUGGUUUCAACCUAUCGAUAUAAAAAUGGGGGCUUGUAUGGCCUUGUGCUCGUUAGCCAGCUGUGCGUCCUGUCUGUGUGGUUCGGCUCCCUGCCUCCUCUGUGGGUGCUGCCCCUCCUCAAGCAACUCCACCGUCACCAAACUGGUGUUCUCCUUCUUCCUCCUGAUGGGCACUCUGGUGUCCAUCAUCAUGAUCCUCCCGGGCAUGGAGACCCAGCUCCAGAAAAUCCCAGGUUUCUGUCAGGGCGGGAGCAGCAUCCCGGGCAUCGAGAACCACGUGAACUGCGACGCCAUCGUGGGCUUCAAGUCUGUGUACCGCAUGUGCUUCGCCAUGACCUGCUUCUUCUUCCUGUUCGCCGUGAUCAUGGUGCGCGUGCGCAGCAGCAAAGACCCGCGAGCCGUCGUUCAGAAUGGGUUCUGGUUCUUCAAGUUUCUGAUCCUGGUCGGGAUCACAGUGGGGGCGUUCUUCAUUCCUGACGGAACCUUCCACACUGUGUGGUUUUACUUUGGCGUGGUGGGCUCUUUCCUCUUCAUCAUCAUUCAGCUCAUCCUCCUCAUCGACUUUGCCCAUUCCUGGAACAAGGUGUGGGUGGGCAAUGCUGAAGAGGGCAAUAAGAACUGCUGGUUUGCUGGCCUGCUGUCGUUCACCAUCCUGCACUACGCCCUGGCCUUCACGGCCGUGGUGCUGUUCUACGUGUACUACACCCAGCCCGACGGCUGCACCGAGCACAAGGUCUUCAUCAGCCUCAACCUCAUCUUCUGCAUCAUCGUUUCCGUGGUGUCCAUCCUGCCCAGAGUACAGGAGGCCCAGCCCCAGUCCGGUCUGCUGCAGGCCUCCCUCAUCUCUCUGUACACCAUGUACGUCACCUGGUCGGCCAUGACCAACAACCCUGACCGUAAGUGUAACCCCAGCCUGCUGAGUCUGGUGUCCAACACCAGCACCAUCACCACCGACCCCAGCGCCCCGCCAGAGACCGUCCGCUGGUGGGACGGACAGGGCAUCGUGGGGCUGAUCAUCUUCCUGUUCUGCACGCUCUACGCCAGCAUCCGUUCGUCCAGUAACAGCCAGGUGAACAAGCUGAUGCAGACCGAGGAGGGCGGGGGCUCCGGGGGGGAGGUGGGGGAGGACGGCCUCCGCAGGGCCGUGGAUGAUGAGGAGGAGGCCGUCAGCUACAGCUACUCCUUCUUCCACUUCAGCCUCUGCCUGGCCUCGCUCUACAUCAUGAUGACUCUCACCAACUGGUACCAACCAGACACCAGCACCCAGGCCAUGCAGAGCUCCAUGCCCGCGGUGUGGGUGAAGAUCAGCUCCAGCUGGCUGGGUCUGGGCCUCUACCUCUGGACCCUCCUCGCCCCACUCAUGUUCCCCGACCGGGACUUCUUCAACUGAGCGGGCGUGACCCCGGGCUGGAGGCAGGAGGCAGGAGGCCGGAGGCAGGAGGCUGGAGGCAGGAGGCUGGAGGCAGGAGGCAGGAGGCUGGAGGCAGGAGGCUGGAGGCUUCACUGCCGUCUCAUAUGAAGGGAUUUUAAAUGGAUCCAACGAGGUGUUGGUUUAUUGAUUGUCUUAAUACAUUGCUGUUUGGCUAGUUUUUGGUUACUUUUUGGUUAUUUUCUUUGUAUUUGGGUGUCAUAUUUUGUUAUGUUUAAUGUAGUCUUGAUGCGUUGUACGAUUUAGACAUGUCAAUGGGAUUUUGAGAAUCAUCUUGCCACGAAAUGAAGUUAUAACACUUGCCAAUGAUAACCUGCACUAAAUCCUCCCUACCUUUCUGAUGUACAGCACCUACUAGAUAUUACGAUAUGGAUCUUAUGGCAAUACCAUCUGUGGUCCUAUCUAGCUACUGUACAUCUAGGGUAUCAAGCUACUGUAAAUAUGGGACAUCUAGCUCCUCUACAUCUAGGGUACCUAGCUCCUCUACAUCUGUGGCACCGAGCGAGGGUAUGGUGCUACCAUCUACUUACUGUACAUCUAGGCUGUGAUGUGUCAGCGUCCAGGGUGGACUGGCUGUUGGGGCUUCCCGAGUGUCCCCGUGCAGAGCCCCAGAGAGGUGGUGUGUGAGGGGGGAGAUAAGGGCCAGGCGACACACCCUAACCCCCCCACCGGGCUCCCUGUCCCCGCUCUGCUCUCUCGCUAGUCCCCGAGACGUACGUCACAGCUCAGAGCCCGGGGGGGGGGACCUCCACACACCCCCUGGUGACCAUAGCAACCACCCAUCCCCCCCCCCCCCCUACACACAUGCCUCUACAUGAGAUCCUGCAAACCGACGACUCUAAUGGACUUUUGUUCUUCUGUCCUUUAUAACUAGCCCUGGAUUCUGGCGUUCUAGCAUGGCGGUACCCAUAUUUUGAGCGAUGCUUACCCUGUCUGUCACCACCCUUGCAUACCUAUCUGUGGUGGUCACCACGGCCCAUCUCUGGCCCUCACCAUGCCCCUGUCUGACUGGGGCCAAGACACGGGCAGCAGCCUGCUCUGAUGGAAGCUUCUAGGUUCUGUGUGGAGCUCUGCAGUGCAGUGGACCUCCAGUGGAAUGUUAAGGGUUAGCUGUGUGCAGUGGUUUGGUACAGGAAGUUGAAUCUUGAACACUAACGCUGUCAGAAUGUUCUUUUAUUUAUUUUUCUGUGUGUUAAUGCGAUGUUACUGAGUCUGUGUGGAUCUGUUUGGCACAAAUUGAAAAUAUGUUUGUAAGCAGAAGCUAAUGUAACAAUGCAUUUGAAUAGUUUGUUGUUGGGAAUUGAUCUGAAAUUGGAACAUUUCACAGCGGUUGAUUUCAUUUCUCCAAUAAAAAGUGUUUACCUCUG